UGACGUUUCCGCCCAACACUCUUCAUAAGUUGAUAUAUGAACCCCGGUUACCCGCCGUGAAAUCAAGAACUCCCACAGUUCCGGUGACCUCGACGGAUAUAGAUGGAGGUGAUAUACACCCUACUGGGAGUGUGCGUUUCGGUGGGUUUGUUGGCGUUCGCAUGGAGAGUGUUGGGUUGGGUGUGGUUUAAGCCGAAGAAGCUGGAGAAGUGCCUAAAACAGCUAGGCCUCAAAGGGAACCCCUACAGAAUCCUCUCCGGCGACAUGAAAGAGCUCGUGAAGAUGGCGAGUGACGCCAUUUCCAAGCCCAUGACUCUGUCGGAUAACGUAGCCCCGAGAGUUAUCCCGUAUUAUGCUCACCUAGCCGACAAAUACGGUAAAAACUGUUAUGUAUGGAUGGGUCCAAUGCCAAUGGUGUUCAUCAGGGAUCCUGAGCUAGUAAAGGAGGUUUUGAAUAAAUAUGAACUGUUUCAGAAGCCUAGGAACAAUCCACUGGGCAGAAAGUUGGUACGAGGACUUGUCAGUUAUGAGAAAGAGCAGUGGGCAAAACACAGAAGACUACUCAAUCCUGCCUUCUAUUCGGAGAAGCUAAAGCUUAUGCAACCGGCUUUCUUGCUAAGCUGCUCUGAAAUGCUGAGCAAGUGGGAGGGAAUUGUGUAUGGAAAAGGAUCAUCAUCUUGUUCUUGUGAGGUGGAUGUGUGGCCUCACCUUCAAGGCCUAACCUGUGAUGUGAUUUCUCGAACAGCGUUUGGGAGCAGCUAUGAAGAAGGAAAGAGGAUCUUUGAGCUUCUGAAAGAACAGGCCAUGCACUUGGUGGAAACUACGCGUCAAGUUUAUAUACCUGGAUUGAGAUUUGUGCCAACUAAGAGGAACCGAAGAAUGAAUUCCAUUGACAAGGAAGUGAAAUCAUCUAUCCGUGUUAUUAUAGAGAAGAGAAUGAAGGCAAUGCAGGCUGGGGAGACGAAGAACAACGAUGAUUUAUUGGGCAUACUAUUGGAUUCCAACUUACAAGAAAUCAGACAGCAGGGGAACAAGGAAUUUGGAAUGAGCAUUGAACAGAUCAUCGAUGAGUGCAUCCUGUUCUAUUUUGCAGGGCAGGAGACUACUUCUGUGAUGCUGGUGUGGACUAUGGUUCUACUCAGCAGAUUUCCAGAUUGGCAAGCUCGGGCUAGAGAAGAGGUUUUGCAUGUUUUCGGGGAUAAGAAACCAGAUUUCGAAGGGUUGAAUGACCUUAAAGUCGUUACAAUGAUUUUAUACGAGUCUUUAAGGCUAUACUCGCCAGUAGCUGGCCUAAUUAGGAAGACCGUGGAGGAAACGAAACUAGGAGAAAUGGUUCUGCCACCAGGAGUACUGCUGUCGUUACCAACACUCUUGAUCCAUCUUGACACCGAGAUAUGGGGUGAAGAUGCUAAAGAGUUCAAGCCAGAGAGGUUCCGGGAAGGCAUAAUGAAGGCAACAAAUGGCAAACCAGCAUUCUUCCCAUUUAGCGGGGGACCUCGAAUCUGCAUUGGUCAGAACUUCGCUUUGGUAGAGGCUAAAAUGGCUAUGGCUAUGAUUCUGCAACGCUUCUCGUUUGAGCUUUCUCCUUCUUAUGCACACGCUCCAUAUUCAAAGCUGACCAUUCAACCUCAGUAUGGUGCUCCUCUAAUUAUGCACAACCUUUAAUUUAGUAUGCUUCUUCAAUUCCCAGUUCUCAGAAUCCACCAAUAUGUAGCUUAGGCUUGAACCAAAUUUCUAUAUGUUCUGUACUAUGGGAAGUUUACUGCAGUCUGAAUCUACCCUUCUCUAUGUAUAUACAAAUAAAUAUAUAAAUAAUAUGCUUUGGACAGGCAAGAUUUAAUGUGAGAAUUCAUUCCAGUUUA